AUGAUAUCUAGGACAGUCGGCAUCAACAGACUUGGGUCUGUAUUUAAAAGCACUUCGUUUGUCAGGUCGCUCAAUCGGCCAAGUCUUCUUUUGCAAGAGAUACGGAAAUCGCCACAACAGGCUACACAAUCUAGCAAAAUCAAACCUAUAUACAAACCACCAGUUACCAUAGACCGCGAGCUUCCUGACCCGUUUGUCAAACGUGAUGAAAACAGACGGUAUUUUGUCUUUUACUCGAUUGCGUUGGUAGUCACAUGUGCCGUCAUUUUCAAUUAUGAAAAAUCGUCUUCACCAAUCAUCAAUUCUUCAUUAUACUUCUUACGUCGGUCGACUAUUGCACAAGAUGCUUUGGGUAAGGAUAUUGAGUUUGCAAGUAGUUGGCCAUGGAUCUGGGGUAAAUUGAAUACAGUGCAAGGUGUGAUUGACGUUAAAUUUAAAGUCAAGGGAAAUGAACAAAAGGCAUGGGUACUUUUGAAUGCAUCAAGAGAAUCGAAAUUACAUCCAUUUCAAGUACACAAAUUUGCUUUAGAAGUGGAUACUAAGGAUGCUAAAGUUGAGUAUAAUUUGAUGGAUGAUCCGGAAUUUGAAUUUGAUUUGUAA